UUAUUAUUUAAAAAAAAAAAACAACUAUCCUGAUAAAUAUGAAUUUACAUUGAGUAUCUUCAAUCUUGUAACUGUUUAAUGCAAUUAUUCUGUUCUUUUUAUGCUGCUUUGUUGCAUGUGUUUGAUAAAAGAUCAGCUGCCUGUGGAGUCUUCCUCUUUCGAGACUGUUAUUUGUAUCUGUAGAUCAGUUAAAUUUCCCACUGACCGGUUGUUUGAGGAAAUCUUAAGAGUAUUGAAGCCUGGUGGGACAAUCCUAGUUCAUAAGAAUCCUCAGUCUACUGUUGGAGAAACAGAUAAGAUAACCUCUGCUCUUGAGCGCAAGUUACUGUUGGCGGGUUUCUUAGAAGUGGGAGUUCUCAAAUCAAUGGUUCCAUCAGAAGUUCAGUCUUUUGGGCAGUCCGUGGUAGCAUGCACCUCUAUUGAACCAUGUUCAUGACAAUUUAAGAAACCUCAGGGGAGAGUAUAGUUCUAUCUACCUAGAGUUAGCUCUCAAGAUAAGAGACAUACCUUUCGAAGGCAGCAUCAAGCAAUUCCAUUUUUACCCCAUUCAAGGCUUUAGCUGCCAGUGCGAUAUCAAACAAGUGCAGAAUCAUAGGCUGAUCAGGACCCAACAUGAUUCCCCUUGCAAUCAUUGGAGCAAUGGCAUAACCUAUUUGCCCUGUUGAACAAAAUCAAAAUUUUGAGCUACAGAUACACAAACUAUAUAUUAUCAUGUCUAGAAGAAAGAAUACCAAACCUAUAG